UCCCUCACACUCCACACACACACCCUCUCCUCCCACCACACCACAACUCGAACAACACACUAAGUCGCCAGCCGAUCCUCGCGCACGCGUACCGCCGCUCCAAGAAGCCCGCCAGACUCCGAACCUGUCCUCAAUUCACUUUUCCCCGGAGGAUAAGAAAGAGGAUGACUCGCACUGGAUUCGUUGCUCUGGCCUGCGGCAUGCUUGGCGCCGCCAACGCCCUCAAGGUGUCCACGCCGUCGAAAGGCCUCACCGUCAUCGCGGACCGGACCUACACCGUGGAGUGGACGGGCACUAGCUCGGACAACCGUUUCGAGAUCGACCUCUACUACUGCGGCUCGAUGUGCAUGGAGGACGACUGCGGUGACUGGGUGACGGCCCUGUGCCCGUACGGCGAGGACGGCUGCCCGGAUAACGAGGGCGACUACGACAUCGUCAUGCCCGAGCCCAUGCUCGGCACGUCCGGCUCGGGCUACAAGGUGCGCGUGUGGGACAUCCAUGACGAGGAGGACGCGGACUGCUCGGACGAGUUCUACCUGCUGGCCUCGAGCGAGGCCCCCUCCGUGGGCGACGAGGACGGCCCGACCCUGGAGGUCACCUCGCCUGCCUCGGGUGACCUGGCCACGACGUGCGGAGAGUACACCGUCGAGUUCGACUACGACAACGGGGUGGGAUCGAGCGUGGACCGGUUCGCGAUAGACCUCUACCGCGCUGACGGAGAAGGCGACUGCGGGACGUACGUGCAAUCCAUCUGCGACAAGCCUACUAUCGGCUGCAAGGACUCGAUGGGUGACUACGACGUGGAGAUCCCGUGCGACACGGACGCUGGAGAGUACAAGAUUCGAGUGGCCCGCUUCGAGGACGAUUCUCUCUACUCGUGCUCCGGUACCUUCACGAUAGAGGAAGGCGACGACAGUGACGACGACAGCGAUGACGAGGACGCCUUCAGCCUGUCGUACAGGUUCUAGGUUUACCGAACUCCAUCUCAUCUCUUGGCAAUCUCUUGACAGGGUUUAUUUUCCGCUUCCGUGGUCGGUCGUGUCCGUUGGUGUUGCUCGUGUUUUCGGAUAGGGUUGUGGGAGCAGGUGAUGGGUGGGUGUGCAGGGAAGGAGACACGACACGGAUUAGGCGUGGAAGUGGGAGGAAAUGCCGAACGUGUCGUGGAGUAUUUUGUGGUGUCGACUGAUGUUUGUUUUUGUGCAUUCCGUAAAAUGUUUCGGCGGUACGGGCUGCCGGUAUGUCGAUCAACCUGAGAGCUGCGUGUUAGACUAUAGCUCUUUGUUUGCUCAGCAGCGGCGGCGCUACACAAAUCAUGUGGAGGAACGCUAUUCAAUCGCCUUGGCGAAUGUUGCAUUCCUGUUUUAGUUUAGCUGCUGGCAACACUCGGUAAAUGUUGUCUUGUUUAGAGAAGAUUGUCGAAUUUAUUUCGCCAUAACACCCAUCCAUCUCGUGUUGUACAAUUAUUGGUAGAGGACAGUGUGUUCGGUUGGGCUGGACCGAAGAUUUAGUGUCUGUAGAAGUUGCGGGUAACCAUCGCGUUGCAUUGUUAGUCGUGUUGUUGUGGUCCAUUCGUUGUACUGUUAGGUGGCGCAGCAUUUCUUGCGCCACCAACAUGCACGCUGUCCUUUGUAGGCGAGCAUCAUCGAGAUGAUGCUUCAAUCAACAACAGUCGCUCUUUAUUUUGUAGCCUUGUUUCUACACCAGGCCAGAUGUGAAGGCAGUUAGUUGUCUCCCCCCCUCCGCGAGACUGCUCUGGUUUCUGUUCCGGGUCUCCCGCCACCGAGAAAUGGAUGAUGAGGAUAUAGACGAAUGUCAUUUGAUACGACGGACCAAGUGUU